AUGUUGGUCCCAGCAUAUGUGUAUGGAAUGCAUCCGGCCUCGGUCAGAUGCCCAUAUUGCGGCCAUAAUGUGGUGACGGUAACUCGCCACCGUUCCACGGAAAUGGCUUGGAUCGUUUGCUUCCUCCUGUGCGUUAUCGGACUAUGGCCUUGCUCUCUGAUCCCGUUCUGCUGCUGCGACAACUUGCAAGAGGUCCAGCAUAUAUGCUCCAACUGCCGUCACGUUCUGGGCGCCUACAGACAUGGGUAAAAGUUCCACAGAUUAGCCACACCCAAAAAAAAUCAAAUCUUGAGGAAAUUAAAGGGGCGCGAGCUGCGAAAGACAUUUUAUACAAUGAAAAGUUAGUUGGGCUCAGAUUAGUUCAGCGGAAGUACCCCAAGUGCGAGGCUCAGAUUUGCUUUAAAUUUUGCACACAUUUCGGGCAUAGACUAGAUAUAAACCCCUGAAAGUUUUAGCUCGCGCUUUGCAGUUCCAGCCGAGAUAUCCAACGAUCUUUGCGGCUGAGAGAAUACGCAAAACGCGGAGAGCGGUCAGAGAGAAAAACGCUUUUUGACCCUAACUUUGACAACUUCGGAUGAAAAAUUUUAAUUUUUCAGGAAACAUUAUCCUUUACGGUAGAAAUAGGCAUGAAACUCUUUGCCAAUUUCGGAUGAAAAAUUUUCAUUUUUUCUGGAAACACUACUCUCAGCAGUACAAUUAGAUAUGAAACUUUGCGUGCCAAAAUUCGGCAAAAAGUGUCAAUUUUUUGCCAACUUUCGAUCUAAAAAUCUCGGCUGUUUUUGCAAAGCGCGAGCUAGGAUUCUCGCAUAUAUCCUAGAAAAGAUUAUUUUACAAGGAAAGUACUUCUAUGGGGUGUGGAGUUACAGGUCGAGAUAUAUAUCAAAAAAUUCGCAAAAAUUUUCUGAUUCAGAAUAUAUAAAAAUUAGCUGCCUAAUUUUGGUCUAUCAGCGAGUUUUUUUCAAUAAAUGUUUUUCUCGAGGAAAAAAAUCGGUGGCACAAAAGCGCGCUCGGUCUCUUCCUUCGGAAGAGACCGAGCGCUGGGCCGAGUGGUUAGACCGCUAGAUUGGAAAUCCGAGGCGAACGGGUUCGAUUCUUUUUGCCACACUAGAACCCAUUUUUUACGUUGGAACUACUUUUAAGGUGUAGUUGUAAUCCAAUUUGAUAUUUUAAGGCUUGUCAAGGCUUCAGAAUUUAGUUUAGCACAAAACAAAAUUUUUUUAUUGGUAAAAACACGGUCAAAAAGACACUUGCAUGGUGUCGCGAGAAAACUUCUGAGGACAAAAACAUGUCAUUAGACCAAAAUUAGGCAGCUAAUUUAUAUAUAUUCUGAAUCAGAAAAUUUUUGCGAAUUUUUUGAUAUAUAUCUCGACCGGUAAUUCCACACCCCAUAGAAGUACUUUCCUUGUUAAAUUUGUGCCAAGUUUCAUCAAAAUCUGAGCGUCGCACUUGGGGUACUUCCCUUGUCAGCCCAAGCUCAGACUUAGCGCUGAGGCUUCAGUUUUUUUCCUGGGCGCAGCUUGCAUUGACUUCUCAUUUAUUGGUGGCCAAUCUGAAAAACUUUUUCCAGACAUCACUGUUGA